AUGAGACAAUCAAAUUAAGAUAGUCAAUGGUAUUUUAGUAAAGGUAUAUAUAUGUAAAAAUAUCAUUAGGAAAUGAAUUUGGUAAAUAAGGCAUUAAUGACCACACAAUAACAUUAAAGAUUUAUCCAUAAUAUGCUAUUGCAUAUAAAAAUAGUGGUAAAAUAUUAUAUCUAUUUAUUAGGAAAUGCAUAUCUGAAUUGA